AUGGGCGCUUGCAACAGUCAAGAGUUAAAAGACCAAUCGAAGAAGUCAAAAAUGAUCGAUAAAGAGCUGAAGAAAGGCGCUGAGGGAUUACAACAAAAGUUGCUAUUACUCGGACCGGGUGAAAGUGGGAAAUCGACAUGUCUAAAGCAGAUUCAAAUCUUGCACAACAACGGUUUCUCAAAAGAUGAGCUUCGCGAGAAGAAAAUCAUUGUUUUGGUGAGCACAGUGACAUACAUGAGAGCUCUGAUCCAAGCCUGCGAUGAUUUCCAUUUCGUUCUUGACGCGGCACAAAUGCCAAGUCGGGAAAUGGUGGAACGUCAUGCAAUGGCGGAUCGAGUGAAAGAUUUGAGGGAAAUCCCUGGGGAAUUGCACGAGGCGAUCAAGAAGCUCUGGAAUGACCAAACAAUUCACAAAUGCUACGAAAUGCGAUCCUCCUUUCAUCUCCCUGAUUCGGCUUCAUAUUUCUUUGAAAACCUUGAUCGAAUCUGUGAAGAGGGAUAUGUGCCGACGCCGCAAGAUAUUCUUCACAUUCGAGUGCCGACAACGGGUGUUGUUCGAAUGGGUUUUAAAGCAAGGCAGAUCGAUUUCGAAGUCUACGAUGUUGGUGGGCAACGAUCGGAACGACGAAAAUGGAUUCACUGUUUCGAUAACGUGAACGCGUUGAUAUUCAUCGUGGCCAUCUCAGAAUACGACCAAUUGUUGAGAGAGGACGAUAAAACGAAUCGUUUACUUGAGGCACUCGAGCUCUAUGACAGUGUGGUGAACAGUCGAUAUUUCGCCAACUCGUCGAUGAUUCUUUUCUUGAAUAAGAAAGACCUUUUUGCUGAGAAGAUUGUUUCGAUCAGUCUCAAAGUUUGCUUUCAUUCGUAUCGAGGUGCAUUGACUUACGAGGAUGGAAUCGAAUACCUCAAAAAACAAUUUCGAAAGCUCAACAAACGCCAAAAGAAAGUGUACACGCAUGAAACAUGUGCAACGGAUACUUCUCAAGUACAAGUUGUCAUCGCCUCAGUCAUCGACACGAUUAUUCAAGAGAAUUUGAGAGACACUGGGAUGAUC